AUGGCUCCGGACCCCUGGCUGCCGCUGCUGCUCGCCGCCGCUCGCCAGCUCGCCCAGGACAUCGCCGAGAAGCUGCAGGAGCGGAGCCGCUGCCAGCGGAGCGGGGAGAGCUCGGCCAAGGUCAACGUGGCCAUCAGGUCCUCGCUGCAGAGCCUCAGGGAGAAGAUUGAGCAGCUGAGGGAGCAGCUGCUGCGGGCGGUGUCCACACGGCAGAUCACACAGCUGGAGGGGGACAGGAGGCAGAAUUUGGUGGACGAGCUCCUGACACGGCACAGACAGCUGGAGGCAUCCUACAGGAAUGAAGGCCCCGAGGCAGAUGUGAGCAGAUCCAGCCUCAUGGCAGGAGGGGCCAAACGAGGCAUCACCAACCCCUGGCUCUUGGAGGAACCGGAGGAGACCAGAGGACUCGGCUUUGAUGAGCUCAGGCAGCAGCAGAGAAGGAUCAUUGAAGAACAAGAUGCUGGACUCGAUGCUCUUUCUUCAAUCAUAUCCAGGCAAAAACAAAUGGGGCAGGAAAUUGGGAAUGAGCUGGAUGAGCAGAACGAGAUCAUCGACGACCUCACGAACCUGGUGGAGAACACGGACGACCGGCUGCGCAGCCAGACACGGCACGUGAAGAGGGUGGAGAAGAAAUCGACGUCCUGCGGGAUGCUGGUGGUGAUCGUGCUGCUGCUCAUCGCCAUCGCCGUGGUCGCGCUCUGGCCCACGGGUUAACCCCGUCCCUGCCGGAGCAGCUGCUCCAGGGGAGCUCCGGGGCUCGGGGAGGGACCUGCUGAGGGCAGGGAAUGAACUCCAUCCAUCGCUGGGAAUAAACUCCACAGCUGGGAAUAAACUCCACAGCUGGGAAUAAACUCCACCGCAGCAGACUGAAGCGGCGUCCACCAGACCUCCGCUCUCCUUGGAGCGCGGCUGAGGAGCUCUGUGGGAUCUGGGGGAUUUCAGUGGGAAAAAGGAUUUCAUCCCGCGCUUCCCACCUUCCUCUGGCACUCCAGCAGCUGCAGCUGUGGGAUGGACCCACCUCUCCUGCGUCUGGGGACACGCUGGUGCUGCUGCCCUGCCCAUCUCGCUGAGCUCAGACAUCCCAGGGGCUCCAGACACCGAAAUCCAGGAGUGGUUUGGGGAACAGAACUGGAGAACAGCAAGUGGAGAGCAGCAACUGGAGAGCAGAAAUUGGAGAGCAGAAAUUGGAGAGCAGAAACUGGAGAGCAGAAAUUGGAGAGCAGAAAUUGGAGAGCAGCAAGUGGAGAACACAACAUUCCCACCUUCACAGAGAAAAUGCUCCGUGGUUUUCAAGGAAUCCUCGUGGGGAAUGACUGCAUGGGAUUCUCCCAGGAUGGGAAGCCACAGCCCUGCAGGACCCCGUGGGCUGCACGGAACCGCUGAGCUCUGCUGAGCCCCUGAGGGAGGCUGGUGGGUUAUUGAUCCCCAGGGGUAGUUAUUGGUGGGUUAUUGAUCCCCAGGGGUAGUUAUUGGUGGAUUAUUGAUCUCCAGGGGUAGUUAUUGGUGGGUUAUUGAUCUCCAGGCAUAGUUAUUGGUGGGUUAUUGAUCUCCAGGGGUAGUUAUUGGUGGGUUAUUGAUCUCCAGGGGUAGUUUUUGGUGGGGUACUGAUCUCCAGGGAUGGGAACUGAACAGCAGCAGGACUCAGCCCAGCCUGUGAGAGUGGAGAGCUUUGCCCUCGUGUGCUCCCCAGGGGCUCUGCCAGCCUGGCCUCGGGAGAUGCACCAGAAUUAACAUCCUCACUGAGCUCUGGCUCUUCCUUUGACAGCUCCUCACACCCUUCUACAGCUGAGAGGAAGGAUUGCCUAUUUCAAAACUAAUGAAAAAGAAGUAUUAAAUGUUUGCUUCUGGCCAAGAGAAUAAUUAUUUUGUUACACAUGUCAGUUUGAUUUCAGGAUUAAUAGAGCAAGCAAUAAAUACUGAUUAAAGCGGAUCCAUUUCUAUACAGUU